GGGUUCCAGGGGGAUUCCAGGGUCGGCUUCGGGGCUGAGGCGCUGCCUUAGGCCCCACCGAGUCUCCCCCAACCCCUUCCCGGCCCAGGCGCAGGCUCCCCUUAGCGUCUUUCGGCAUGAGGGAACCCGAGGAGGUGGUGCCCGAUUCGGGUGCUGUGUUUACGUUUGGGAAAACUAAAUUUGCUGAAAAUAAUCCCAGCAAAUUCUGGUUUAAAAAUGAUAUACCUAUAUAUCUUUCAUGUGGAGAUGAACAUACUGCUAUUAUUACAGGAAAUAAUAAGCUUUUCAUGUUUGGCAGUAACAACUGGGGUCAGUUAGGAUUAGGAUCAAAAUCGACUGUUAACAAGCCAACGUGUGUCAAAGCUUUAAAACUGGAAAAAAUGAAAUUUGCUGCCUGUGGAAGGAACCACACCCUAGUUUCAACAGAAGGAGGCAAAGUAUACGCCGCUGGAGGAAAUACUGAAGGGCAGCUGGGACUUGGUGAUACUGAAGAGAGAAACACUUUUCAUCUAAUUAGUUUUUUUACAUCCCAGCAUAAGAUUAAACAACUCUCUGCUGGGUCUAACACUUCAGCUGCGCUGACUGAGGAUGGAGAGCUUUUCAUGUGGGGUGACAAUUCUGAGGGGCAAAUUGGUUUACAAAAUAUAACUAGUAUAUGUGUCCCUCAUCAAGUGACCAUUGGAAAACCUAUCUCCUGGAUCUCUUGUGGAUAUUACCAUUCAGCUUUUGUAACAACGGAGGGAGAACUGUACACCUUUGGAGAACCUGAGUAUGGGAAGUUAGGUCUUCCCGAAAAGCUGCUGAUCAAUCACAAAGUGCCCCAGCUGGUGCCUGGAAUUCCUCAGAAGGUGAUCCAAGUAGCUUGUGGUGGAGGGCACACAGUUGCGCUCACAGAGAAGGCCGUGUACACCUUUGGGCUGGGACAGUUUGGUCAACUGGGUCUUGGCACUUUUAUUUUUGAAACUUCAGAACCCAAAGCCAUUGAGAAUAUUAAGGAUCAGAAAAUAAGUUAUGUUUGCUGUGGAGAAAACCACACAGCUUUGAUAACAGAUUUAGGCCUUAUGUAUACUUUUGGAGACAGUCGACAUGGAAAAUUAGGACUUGGACUGGAGAGUUUUGCCAAUCAGUUCGUUCCUACUUUGUGUUCUAAUUUUUUGAAGUUUAUAGUACAGUUGGUUGCUUGCGGUGGAUGUCACAUGCUAGUUUUUGCCACUCCACGACUUGAUGGGGCAGAAGACGUUGAGUUAGAUGAAAUAAAUGAUUGUUGCUUACCUUCAGCUACAUCUCUGCCCAUCAGUGAUCUGACUUCAGGAAACGUACUGCAGAGAUCUUUAUCAGCACGUGUGCGGCGAAGAGAGAGGGAGAAAUCCCCAGACUGUAUUCAAACGACAGGAACACUACCUCCAAUUGCAGGGACUCUCAUACCACCUGUUUGUUUUCCACCUCGUUCAGUUCCUUUCUGUAUGUCUACAACUAAUCUGCUAGAGAAGAGGAUGCCUGAUAAAGAGGGCCCUAUGCUGCCAAUGGAACCAGAUUAUUUUCAACGUAAAAUAACCAAAGGGAAAGAGACAGACAAUUUUUCAGCAGAGGAUUCAGAAAGCCUUGGAGAAACUACUGAUGUCUUAAAUAUGACACAUAUGAUGAGCCUGAAUUCCAAUGAAAAAUCAUUAAAAUUAUCACCAGUUCAAAAACAAAAGAAACAAGAAACAAUUGAGAAACUGAAGCAGCAUACAGCUCAUACUGAAAAUGGCGGUAGUAAUGAAUAUGAAAGUGAAGAGAUGUCCAAAAAGAUGAAAGAAGGGAAAGCAUAUAAACAACUUUUGGCAAAAGGAAUGUACAUGAUGCAAGCAGCUGUGACUAUGGAAGCAUUUUCAGAUGAGGACGUAGGUAACAACUCAGGCCAGCAAAGGCCUCAGGCCAACACCAGUGCAGAGAGUUUGCAAAAAGGGAUAUUUAGACAUGAAAAUAAGCAUGGCGUCUAUCCACUUAAGAGUAAGGAAAUAGAAAAGGAAAGUGAUGAAGGACAAAGUCAGAAGGAUUCAGAAGUGGAAAAAAUAGUCUCUGAGAAGGAAACUGGUCUGGUGAAAAUGACAGGUCUGAAUGAUAUAAGAAAAAGUGAAGAGAAUAGAAAAAAUAUUGAUACAUUCCUUGACGACUUACCAAAUAGAGACAUGAAUAUUGAGGAUGAAGAAAAUAAAAACUUUGUUAAGGAAAGUAAAAGUAACAAGCGAGAUAUGAUCUUUGACAGUGAAAGAGAAUCUAUGGAGGAGCCAGACAGUAACUUGGAAGGUGAUAGUGAAAGUCAGCAGGGUACAGCUGAUGGAUUCAAGCAGCCUGAGUCAAUAGAAUUUAGCAGUGGAGAGAAAAAGGAUGAAGUGGAAACUGACCAAAACUUGCGGUAUAGCAGAAAAUUUAUUGAACAAGGACAUGAGGAAGAGAUCGAACACAGAAUGUCCAAAUACAUGGCAAAAUAUGGUUUUAAGGGUGACCACAUAUCAGACACCCCAGAGGAGCAGGAAGGAGAAGAUGAUUCAGAAGGAAGUGGAAUAGAGGAGCAAGAGAUAGAUAUAAAUGAGGAGGUGCCUGGAGAAAAAGAGGAAGAGGAAGCAAAGUUCCUGUCAGAUGACCUUACAGACAGAGCAGAGGAUCACGAAUUUUCAGAAGAUGAUGAGCCAGAAGACGUGCAUGAGGAAAUUAAGGAAUAUCUAGAAGGCGAGAAGAAAGCUACAGGAGAAAAUAAAAGUGUUCCUGCAGACGACCACAGUGAAACCAACAACUCAGUUAAAAAGGACACAAAAGCCAACCGAGAGGAACAGGCCAUUCAUGAAUACAGUGAAAAUCCAAAAGGAAAUAUGCAUGAUCGUGCAAAGAGCAAUUCUUCAGAGAUCCUGGAAGAUAGUAAAUCAACAAAAAAAUCAAAGAAGAUUUCCCUCUUUAAAAGGAUGUCAUUGACGAGCCAGAAAAGUAGAAAGCAGAAUAAUAAUGAGCCACUCCCAGAGAUAAAAUCAAUAGGAGAUAAAAUAGCUUUUAAAAAGAAUAAGAAAGAUGCCAACAAGAAGCACAUGGGGCAAAAUCAUCAGGAUACCUCACCCCCAAAUAUGGAGAGAAGGUCAAAAUCUUGCAUAAUACUGUGAAUAUAUGUUUAUGUUUUCAUGGUCACCAUGCCCAUUGUAAUUUAUACUUGAAAAACAUUUGAGCUCUGACGGAAAGUUUCUAAUAACAAACUUUUAAAGAUAUAACUUAAGAACGUGUUUUAUUUGGUUUGAAUAGUAUGACCAGUUUUGAUAUUUAUUUAAAUGCUGAUAUUUUUGACAAGCAAUUUCAGAAUAUGUGUAUCUCAGACUCUCCUUCAAGCGUUGUGGCCUUAACUGUUCAGUGUUGCAAUAUAAAAUAUAUUUUUAUAUGUGAAACUUAAAUUAAGAUAUUUCAUAGUUUUUACCAAAUUUUACUGCUUUAUAAUUUCAUAAGGCAAUAUUUGCAAUCUCAUGACACUAACAGUUUUUAAUGUAUUUGCAAUUUUCAAAAACGGAGUCAAAAUUGUUUUUAAUGAACAUAUUUUAAUAAACUAUAGCUGGUCGGUUCCACUGUUUAAAUGGGUGAAUAUGAAUAAAAUUUGGAGGUACUUGGAGUUAUCAGUUGACAAAACAG